AGACAAUUACGGAAAGAUAUGGAUUUUGGUCGUAUGAUCAACAUCUUUUAGUUCUUUUGGUACAGUCAUGACAUGUCUCCAUUGAAUUUCAAAUGUGAAAAAUGGACCUUUCCGUCGUAAAUGGCGGAGAGCGGAUCGUCUUGGAUCGUACACGUCAAAAAUCGAGUUCGAGCCAAGGCGAAGGCGACAACAAACCUGGAAAUGCCGCGAAGGAGAAUUUUCUCUCCAAAGCCCAAUCCAGAUGCUCCGAUAACCUCAAGGACUUCGUACUUAGUAAAGAGAAACAACAGGGCGUUUUGUUUCUCUUGUCCCGAUCUGGAGCAGGGAAAAGUACAGUUUUAGCGACACUGUGUGGAGAACUCCGGAAUGAUACAACAACUUCUUCUGAUGUGGUCGAAGUAUUUUCGAUUUUCGUCGGUAGUUCGGAUGCAUCGACGUCAGCAUUGCGGUUCGUACCAGCUUUGAUUCGAUGUGUGUUGAAUCUUGAUGGCACAGGAACGGGAUCUUCUAAGGCGCAACACGAUGAUGCAGACCAAGCUGAUAUCGCGGAAGAUGCUCAACGAGCUGCAGGUGAUCUCGCAGCCCUUAGUGCGGUAUUGGGAAGAGCUGCGGCUUGGCGGCAGCAGAAAAACUGGAAACUCAAAGGCGUCGAUGUCAAUACCAAGUUGAUCUUCGUAUUUGACGCUGUGAACGAAUUAGAUGCGGACGAUGGCUCACGUGCUUUGACGUGGUUGCCACUACAGCUUGGUAGUACAGCGUCGGGCGCGAAGAAUAGUAGUUGUGUUGUUGUGUUAUCAUCGAUUUUCGUGGACCAAGAUGUUGGAGGACCGUCGCCAGACAAAGACGAAGAUCCUGCUACCGCAGAGGCCCAAGUUUUCCGUGCUGUUUCGCAACGAUGGCCUGAAGCAGGACAAGUGAAAUUGGACCCAUUAGAGGAAAAGGAGGAUCGGGAACGCCUUUUUAAAGCGUUUUUUGGACAAAGUGGCGGUGGUGGUGGUGGUGAUAACGAAGUAGGAUCUCCACCUAAAGCUCUGGUCGAAAGACUCGUUGAAAAACCAGAUGGCGGUGUGCCUCUGUUCCUACGAUUAGCAGCGUUUCUUUGUCAGAGGGCUGUGAGCUUGGGGAAAGCGGAAAAGGACACUGCUACGUUCGAUGUACCAGAUAGAUUACCAUCUCUCUUCGACAAUGUUUUGAAGGAGCUGACCGCCGAAGCGGACAGCACGUUUAAGCAAAAGCUACAAACUCUUCUUUCGAUGGUUUUCGCGACGGAGGGUGGAUUGACGGUUUUACAGUUGCUACAGCUAGUGUGUGGACAAGGGGAUAAGACGCAGCAAGACAACAUGGGAAAGAUGCUAGAAGGUACUACUUGA